UGUUUCCCUCUGAAGUCUGAGAUUACAGUCCAAGAUGGCAGAAUCAGAUUUCUCUCCGUAUGACUGGGUGCACUACCUGAAAGAACUCAAAGAUGAAGAGUUCCUGAAAUUUAAGGAGCUCCUCAGGGAAGAGCCUGAGAAAUUCCAACUCCAGCCGAUCUCCUGGUCUAAGCUCCAGAAGGCUUCAAAGGAUGAACUGGCAGAGCUACUGGAUGAGCAUUAUCCAGGCCAGCAGGCGUGGGAGAUGAUCCGGGGCCUGUUUCUACAGCUCAAUCGGAAGGAUCUCUGCACAAAGGUUCAGGAGCAGAUGGCCAGUAAGCCGAAUAAAUACAAACAGCACAUGAAGAAAAAAUUUCAACUCAUAUGGGACAAUGAGGGCUGCCGUCAAAUCCCUGAGAGUUUCUAUAAACAAAUCAUAAAGGCAGAGUAUGAGGCACUGAAAGAUGCCUUUUCUGAGCCUGGAGCAAUCACUAUGGUUGUGGAAGGGCCCGAAGGACAAGGGAGAACGGCCUUCCUCAGAAAAGUGAUGUUAGAUUGGGCAGAAGGAAAUUUAUGGAAGGACAGAUUUACAUUUGUUUUCUUCAUCUAUGUCUACGAAUUGAAUUCCAUGUCCGAGACGAGCUUAGUGGAGCUCAUCUCCAGGGAGUGGCCUGGAUCUUUAGAGAUGAUUAAUGACAUUUUUUCAAAGCCAGAGAGAAUCUUGUUUAUCCUGGAUGGAUUUGAUGGCUUGAAAUUUGACUUGGAAGUCAGAACAAACUUGUGUGAUGACUGGAGGCAGAGGCAGCCAAUACAAAUCGUCUUGAGCAGUCUGCUACAGAAAAGAAUGCUUCCAGACUCCUCUCUGAUCCUUGAAUUGGGGAAACAGUCUCUGCCCAAAAUCUAUUACUUGUUGCAGUUUCCAAGGAGCAUAUUUAUGACAGGACUCCCUAAGGAAUUAACAGAGCCGUAUUUCCAGCACUUUUUCUGCAGUAAGGACAAAGGAUCAGAAGCCUUUCGAUAUUUGAAAACGGAUAUUUCACCUUUUCUUGAGCUGUGCAGAAAUCUCCGUAUGUGCUGGAUGGCCUGUAGUUGUUUAAAAUGGCAGUAUGACAGGGGAGAUAAAUAUAAAAUUGUUGCAGACACAGACUCCUCCACCUACACAAGCUUUGUGGUGAGCUCAUUCAAAUCAAGGACCGCAAACUGUCCGUCAAAGCAAAACAGAGAUCGACUAAGAAAACUGUGUACUUUGGCGGCGGAAGGAAUGUGGCAUCGGACGUUUGUAUUCAGCACGGGAGAUUUAAGGAAGAUUGGAAUCACUGAAUCAGAUGAGGCGAUGUGGCUGGGAAUGAGAUUUCUCCUGAAGAGAGGGAAUUGCUUUGUUUUUCACAAUCACACCCUGCAGGCAUACUUUGCUGCCCUGUUUUACUUCCUCAGACAAACCAAAGACAAGCCUAACCCAGCCAUUGGAAGCCUACCCGAACUCCUCAGAGAAGUUUAUGUCCACUUCCAAACCCACUGGCUCCAGAUAGGAAUGUUUCUGUUUGGAAUUUCCACUGAAAGAUCGAUCACCUUGCUGCAACAGUCCAUUGGUUUCCUACCGUCAAAAGAAAUACGUCAGGAAGUAAUUAAAUACCUUAAAAGUCUAGGUCAACACAAGCACAUUGACAAAGUGAUACGUUCUAAGGAUUUGCUCCCUACUUUACUUGAAGUCCAGGAGGGAAGAUUUGAAACACAAGUGAUGGAUUUAUUUGAAGAACUGACCACUAAUGUUUUUGAUUCUGAAACGUUGUUAGAAGCAUCAAACUGUCUGGAUCAUUGUAAUAAGAUAAGGAAACUUCACCUGUGUGUACGUCACAUCUUUACAACUGAACAUAAUAAUGGUGUGUGUUAUCUCCAUUGCAGAGCUCAUAUCCAUUUUUGGGGAAAACUUUGCUCAGUGUUUAGCAAGAACUUCCAGGCACUAGAAUUGGACAGCUGUAACUUCAAUGAAACUUCUUUUAAGAUUCUCUGUGAAGCACUUUCUAGUCCUGUUUGUAAGCUCCAAAGCUUGACAUGUUCCUUCAUGUCUGACAUCGGAAAUGGUUCAUUAUUAUUUCAAACAAUUGCUAAAAAUUCUUGUCUGAAAUACCUGAACCUCUAUGGCACUAAGCUCUCCUGUCAUUCAGUUGGCAGUCUGUGCCAGGUGCUGCAAGACCCAUCCUGCAAAGUGGAAGACCUGCUGUUGGGGAAGUGUAGCAUCACGAGUCCAUCUUGUCGAGCUAUUGCUUCUGUCGUCCUCUGCAACAAGGUGAAGCGUCUUUCAUUGGUAGAAAAUCCUGUGAAGAACAAAGGGGUGAGGCUGCUGUGUGAAGCCUUGAAGCAGCCAACCUGCGCCCUGGAGACACUGCUACUGUCCUAUUGCUGCCUCACAUUUGUUGCCUGUGGCCACAUCUACGAAGCCCUUUUGAGCAACAAAUCCCUCUCUCUGCUCGAUCUGGCAUCAAACCACCUGGAAGACAAUGGAAUAAUCUCUCUGUGUGAAGCACUGAAGUCCCCAAACUGCCCCCUACAGGCGUUGUGGCUAUCUGGUUGCUCGCUCACUUUGGAAUGUUGUGAAGAUCUCUCUGCUGUCCUUGUUUGCAACAAAAGACUAAAGACCCUGAAACUAGGCAACAAUUACUUAGUAGAUGCUGGUGUCCAACUGUUAUUUGAAGCUUUGAGGAAUCCUAAUUGUAAAUUACAGAGUCUUGGAAUAGACAUGUGUUACCUUUCAAAUGACUGUUGCGAAGACCUGGUUUCCACUCUCACCACCUGCAAAACAUUGAAGAGCCUGAACCUUGCUUGGAUAACCUUGGACCAUGAUAGGCUGGUGAUGCUGUGUGAGGCUUUGCUCCAUAAGAGCUGUACCCUGAAGGUACUCGGGCUGGACAAAUCUGCAUUUUCUAAGGAAUCACAGAUGUUACUGCAAACUCUGGAAAACAAAAUGAGUAUUUUGCAUUACCCCUGGAUUGAAGAAGAACACAGGAUGAGGGGUGUUCCUUCAGAACAUAACAACUAGAAUUAGUCUUGUGGCAAAGGCUCUUUGUCAUGUUUCUCCUUUUGGCACACCAUC